GUUAGAUAAUUUGAGACUUUAGUAUGAGAUUGUUGAUCAUUGACAUAAUAUCAUAUGUCAAAGUCAGCUGUAACAAAUCGUGACAUGAUUGUAAUAAAUAAUAAAUUUUAGUGAAUAUUUUUAAAUAAUUUGAAGAAUAAUUUUAAACAAUGAGUCGAGCGCUGCUGGUACUUAGGAGACCUAGUAAACUUAACAAAUGGAAAAGGUAUUUCAGUGAUAGUGUUAAGGAAAAUGAACCCAUAAAAUUUUCAACAAGUCAAGCUGCUAAAAGAAAACUUGCAGUACCAAUUUAUCAGAAAAAGUCAGAAACUAUGCCAUGGUACCAACCUUACAGUGUUGUGGGCAGUGUCGCUGCUUUUCUUAUAUAUUUUUGUGUCCUCCGUGAAGAGAAUGAUGUUGAUACGGAAUUCACAAAAACACUAUAUGAUCGAAUAAAAGGAUUGGAGAAAGAGCAAUUAUUACAAAGUUACAGAUACAAUAAAGAAAAUGGUAAAAGUGUAGAAGAUAUCGAAAGAAGACUCAGGGAAAUCGAACUUGAGGAAGCACAAGCUGCAUAGAAUAUAAGACCUACUAUUUCAUAUUAGUGAUGUAUUUAAAUAAAGUUAUUUGAAUGGUU